UUGUAGGACUUGCUUGAUACACUAAACUUACAUAGUAGAUGUACGCUGGGCUCAAAGCUUAUACUUUAGAGAAUCAAGAAACUCUUAACCGUUUUCUCUCUCUGGGUUCAGCAUAUUUCACGUCCGUGCCAGACGUCGCAACAAAAGUUUGUGAGCGCCCGCUUCUCUGACUGCUAAACGAAGGCGCAAGAGGGGUGUCCCUGUCGCCGAGAUCUCUCAUGUCCACCGGGGGACAUGAUUCAGACUGGAGUAGACCCUGCAGGCCCCACCAAAGAAGCGUUGUCGGUGGUGAGUGAAGACCAGUCCCUGUACGAGUGCGCCUACGGAACGCCGCUCCAUCCCAAGACGGAGAUGACGGCGUCAUCCGCCAGCGAGUAUGGGCAGACGGCCAAAAUGAGCCCAAGAGUCCACCAGCAGGACUGGCUGUCUCAGCCGCCCGCCCGCGUCACCAUCAAGAUGGAGUGCAACACCAGCCAGGUCAAUGGCUCCAGGGCCUCCCCAGAUGACUGCAGUGCAGGGAAGGGAGGGAAGCUCCCCAGCGGAGCGGACAGCGUUCCCAUGACCUACGGCAGCUAUGUGGAGGACAAGCACAUCCCACCCCCCAACAUGACCACCAACGAGCGCAGGGUCAUCGUGCCCGCAGAUCCCACCCUAUGGACGACAGAGCACGUGCGUCAGUGGCUGGAGUGGGCCGUGAAGGAGUACCUCCUCCUGGAUGUGGACAUCUCUUUGUUCCAGAACAUCGAUGGCAAGGAACUCUGCAAGAUGAGCAAAGAGGACUUCCAGAGGCUGACCCCCAGCUACAACGCGGACAUCCUGCUCUCCCACCUCCACUACCUCAGAGAGACUCCACUUCCUCACUUGACCUCAGAUGAUGUUGACAAAGCCUUGCAAAACUCCCCGCGGUUAAUGCAUGCCCGCAACACAGGAGGUGCUAGUUUUAUUUUCCCCAACACCUCAGUGUAUCCCGACUCCUCUCCCAGGGUCCCGGGCAGGCCAGACUUAGCUUAUGAGGCAGCAAGGAGGUCAGGGUGGACGCCACAAGCUGUGUCUUCAUCCAAAGGGUCCCAGCCAUCUCCUGCCAUAGUCACCAAAACAGAGGAGCAGAGACCCCAGCUUGAUCCCUACCAGAUACUGGGGCCUACGAGCAGCAGGCUGGCCAAUCCAGGGAGCGGUCAGAUCCAGCUGUGGCAGUUCCUCCUGGAGCUCCUGUCCGACAGCUCCAACUCCAACUGCAUCACGUGGGAGGGCACCAACGGCGAGUUCAAGAUGACAGACCCGGACGAGGUGGCGCGGCGCUGGGGCGAGCGCAAGAGCAAGCCCAACAUGAACUACGACAAGCUGAGCCGCGCCCUGCGUUACUACUACGACAAGAACAUCAUGACCAAGGUGCACGGCAAGCGCUACGCCUACAAGUUCGACUUCCACGGCAUCGCCCAGGCGCUGCAGCCCCACCCGCCCGAGUCCGCCAUGUACAAGUACCCCUCGGACCUGUCCUACAUGAGCUCCUACCACGCCCACCAGCAGAAGAUGAACUUUGUGGCGCCCCACCCACAGGCAUUACCCGUCACCUCGUCCAGCUUCUUCGCCGCCCCCACCCCCUACUGGAACUCCCCCACGGGGGGCAUUUACCCCAACACCCGGCACCCUGCCACCCACAUGCCCUCCCACUUGGGCACAUACUAUUAGACAGACCGGUGGGCGGAACCCUGGCUCUCACCAGGUUAAACAGCAGGACGAGGAAUUGGGGGUAAAAGUGCAGGCAGACAAAUUGUGAACAAAAAGCAAACUAAAAAGGGCUUUUGUUUGGGAAAAGUGAACUCAGACACGUGUACGGGCAUAAGUAAAAGAAAAUGGAAAUGAAGGGAUGGUAACUAUGUAGAAUAGGAUGAAAUUGCUGGGAAGCGGGUAGGUGUAAAAGAGGAGGAUGUACAGAAAGAAUGAGAGGAUUUCUAAAGAGAAGGAGAUGUUGACAUGUAUAUAUCAAAUGGGGAAUGGAGUAUUCCAAUGGAAGCAAGGGUUGUGUGGGUCAAGUAGAAACUGAGGCAAGAGACAGCGUGGUGUUGCAUAGAGGCAUAUAGGGAGGGGAAUGUGACGUAAUGCAUACCUAUUAAAACAGGAGGAGAACAUACCACAAGAAGUUUAACAAUAGCUGCAUGAACAGUUACCUAUUAUAUAUGUUAAGUAUUAAACUACCUUAUUUAAUGAAGCAAACAUAUCAAAGUCUGCAUAGACGGGGGUGGGGGUGGAAAAAGAGACGGAGCAAACAAAAGCAAUGACAAUAAAAGUGACAACUUCCACUUGUGUGGAAAAUGCAAGGGGGAUACAGGUGUUAGCUGUAGUAAACUGUGAAACAAGCAAGAGCGGGAUGUGCUUUUGGCGGGCAGUACAGGACAGCUGAGCCUAGAGGCCAUGGACUCCGGUGUGGGAUGGGAAGAGAGAUAGGAACAAGGAGCUGGUGCAACUACAUGGAAGAUGGUUGAUAACAGAUUGGAAAGACAUUGAAAUAUGGGAAAACUAAGUAUUAUUCCUUUGGCUAUAAACUGCCAUACAGGUAUCUAUCAGUAUUAUACUACAUAUGGCAUUAUUGAGAGUAAAGGAAAGCCAUUUACUUGAUUGCUAUUUUUUUAAAGGGAAUGCUCUGAAAAAGGUGCAUCUUUGCAAUUUGGAAAACUGGAAUAAUGAUGAUAUGAGAAUAUUGUAGUGGACCUCAAAUCUGUUUCUGGAUGGAGGGGGAGUUUCUUGACCUGUGCCUUAUCAUAGAAACUCCUCAUACUACCAAAGAGAUUUCAUAAAAAAAAUAUCAAUUUUUGUAUUUUUUUCUGAGUCGCGAACGCUGUGCGUUUGUUAGAUUGAAAUAUACAAUUCAGUGUUAUAUGUCUUUUAUAUUAUAAAUAUAUAACUUAUGCAUUUAUACACUACGAGUUGAUCUCAGCCAGCCAAAGAGCCAGACUUAUACACAUUUUUUAAAUAAUCGACACAGUUGGGGAUAAAAAAUAGUAUCAAAACAGACCAAGUGGACAGGAAUCAAUUUACCAAUAGUGGCCUUGGAUUCUCAAUUUCAUGCUUUUGUUUACAGUACAGAUUGUAUGUACUUAGAAUAAAAAACUGAUUGUAUGUAACAAUAAAAAAUAAGCUGGGCCUGGCAUGGCAUUUCGACCUAUUCAGUAUUACUUUUAUAGGUUUAGGGAUGGGAUGGGGGUAGCAGUGCCUAAUAAACCAGGCAAGCAAAAAGGCCUGGACUGAGAUUGUCUAAAAGGGAAGGGUACAGAAACCGCAUUCUAUGAUAAAUUAUGUUCUUUUUUCCAUUGUGACAUUCUAAUAAAAU